AUGAAAGAAGAAGAUAUUCUCAAUAUAUAUUCAACAAAAUCUCCUUUGUUCUACAUUGCAUGUGAUAAAGUUGAUGAUCUUAAGGAUAAAUUCCCAAAACUUGAUAUUAAUGAGAAAAUAGAUUAUGAAUUCACACCACUUGAUUGUUCAAUUAAAUAUGGAUCAGAAUUGUGUUUCAAUUACUUAAAAAAUUUAGGAGCUAGAUACACAGGAUACUCCGAAAUGUAUGCUGUUCAAGGCGGAAAUAAAAUCAUUUUUAUGCAAAUGAUUGAAGAUGGUAUAUCAUUUGAUAACAUGAUUAAUACAGCAUUGGAUUAUCAUAAUUAUGAAAUUGCUGAGUAUCUUAAAUCAAAUUUUGGACAAACUUUUGAUUCAAUAGCUGAAAGUAUGCAUUUUGGAAAUUAUGAUGUUGCAUCUUAUUUACUUUCUAAUGGAGAAGAUAUCAACAAAAUUUAUAUUCUCUUUAUUUUCAUAUUUAUCAUUUUUUUAUGA